ACUGGAGGAUUUUCAGCCAAGCGUCUGAUGGACAGACUGGCAGGGCAGAAUAAUGUAACCACGGGACACAACAGCGCUAUGCUGUUGAGCCAGUUUGACGGGCCGGCGAGGCUACUGCUGCAGGCGCUGCUGGCGGGGCCGGCGGGGCUGCGCAGAGCCCUGGCCGUGUGGGGGAGGCAGCAGCGGGCACAGCCCGGGCUCUCGCUGGGAAACAUCCUGCACACGCUGUGUCGGGACGAGAUCAGCCCCCCACAGGCACAAACAAACACGCUUUCUGUUAAACCGCUCGUGUGCCUUUUCUCAGCAUCAUUUAAACAAAACCUGCUGUCGUUCAUCUGUCUCAUACACUCUGUUCUUCCUGAGACCACCGUCCUCCACCUCCUCAAAUGUCUCAGCCAGGACCCUAACCCCAAUCCCUGGGUUACUGCUCUGAGUAGACAGCUGGAGAGGAAGAUGGCGACCCACCACGAUCAACCUCUGUACACCACAGCAUGCAGCCAGAGACUUCAGCAACUAUCAGAUCGUUUGGUUGGUUCUGGGGAGACUGAAGGUUGGGCCAAGUGCUUUGGUGAUCGAACAGUGUGCUCUGGAACUCAGAAGAGGCCUGAUUCAUCUGAGCUUGGGACGCAAAGGAAAAGGAAAAGCAGUUUCCUCCACCUGGACGAAGACAAUGAAGAAAUGGGACAGCAGAGUAAACGGAUAAAGACUGAUAUCUGUGAUGACGAGUGCAUUGAUGUAGAAGGAGAGAGUGUAAAAAAUGUGACACCUGGGGGAUCUGAAAGUGCUGCUCCUGCAGAAAUGCCGUCACUCGACAAUCUGCAUGACUCCCUGCCGGAACACAUGAAGGCCGCCUUUCUUCAAAUAAAAGAAUUACUGGAAAGUCAAACAGAUUUGGACCAAGACUUUACAAAUCUGUUCAAAGUGCUGAAUGAAUGUGACCUCCACCAGAUGGAGGUAUUUUGUCACAUGCUGAGUUUGCCGGAUUUACCAGAGCGCACGCUGCCUAAACUGUGCAAUAGCAUUUUGUCCCUCUCCCCUGACAUGAGCUACAGUGCAGCCGCAUCUCUCAUCAAGAGCCUCCUCCUGGAGAGGGUGCUGUCUCUGUCAGAACCGGCCUCCAGGUGUCUGAUAACGGCAGUGACGUCACUGGGUAGCCGCUACCCCAGACCAAUGUGCCAAGCUGUGGUUGGACCUAUAAUGGAGGACAAGAAUAUAGGGCUCCCGCAGGCAGAGCUGCUGAACAGACUGAUAGAAGGCAGUCUGGAGUCCCACUACAGACUGCUGGUGCUUCAAAUGACAUUAAAAAUCGCAUGGAAUGAAGCUGUGCUCUCCAUUAUCCACAGCUUGUUAGACUCUAAGCCUUCUUUGAAUGAAGACAUUUUCACGCAGUUCACCGAACAGCUCGUCAGCCAGGGUGCUCAGUUCACCAAGUCAGUGAAGUUUGCAAAAAUGAUGCUAACCGUUCUCACCAAAUACAGCAGCCAUGUGACUGAUGCACAUAAACACUCCCUGUCCAGCUGCCUGAUGUCAAAUGAGACGUUCCUGAAGAAGCCUCUUCAAGCUGCUUUGAAACGCAUCGCACCAACAUGAUGCGUAUUUCAAUUUAAU